CUUCGUCUUGUCGAAUGACGACCAGACUAAAGCACCGACCACAAGUGGAAGAAGAGGAUGCGUCGGCACUGAAGCUUGGACCAGAGUUCAACAAUGCCGGUUGCCUACUCAUUUCCGAGGUCAAAUAUCUGUUGGAGAACAGAGACAAGGAUGCCCCGGAUACUGCAGUGUACAACAAAACACUGGACUAUGUGAAGACGUUUACGAAAUUUAACACGACGGACUCCGCCAGUGCUGUUCGCGAGACCCUUCGCCGGGAGCCAGCCCUGACCCAAUUUGAGACCGCGCAAAUUGCCAAUCUGUGUCCCGCGACAGCAGAAGAGGCAAAGAGUGUCAUUCCUAGUCUCGUCAAAAUUGACGACGAUCGCCUACAAGCCUUAUUGGAUGAAAUUCAGACGAUGCGGAAGUUCCAGUCUUAGGUUGCGAGUAUUAUAUUGACAAUACUACGUUUUGAGUUCGAUUGAAGAUCCUUCUCUCCUUGAAGGGAUGUAGGCGUCGUUCUCCGUCCUUGAUGACACACACGUCGGGUAUUGUACCCUCUGGGUUGUAAUAUAACAAAUCAUUGCCUGCAUAAGCAUCCACAGACCGUAUCCAAGCAUCGAAA